ACUUCAUCUUAUCCUGGCUAUUCCCAGCCCCCCGCGGCCGCCUCCGCCUCGGGAAGUUACGGCGGCGGCUCCGGCAGCUCCAGCUACGGCCAAGCCCCGAGCGGGGGCUACAACCAAACCCAGAGCGGGGGCUACGGCCAGGGGGGCUACGGCCAACAGGGGGGCUACAGCGCCCCCAGCUACAGCCAGCAGGGCCAGUACAGCUCCGGGGCAUCCAACAGCUACGGGCAGGACGGGGCCUCGCUGGGCUCGGGGGGGUACCAGGAGCCUCCCGGGGGGGGCUCCUACGGCUCCCAGGCCCCCCCCGAGCGGAGCCGCGGCCGCGGCGCCUUCGGCUCCAACCGGGGCGGCUUCGAGCGGGGAAACCGCGGGAACCGGGGGAACAGGGGAGCAUCCAUGGGCGGUGGUGAGCGUGGUGGCUUCAAUAAAUUCGGUGGACCCCGGGACCAGGGGCCCAGACAUGACCCAGGGGAGCAGGAUAACUCGGACAACAACACGAUCUUCGUGCAGGGGCUGGGCGAGAACGUCACCAUCGAGUCGGUGGCCGAUUACUUCAAACAGAUCGGCAUCAUCAAGACCAACAAGAAGACCGGCCAGCCCAUGAUCAAUCUCUACACCGACCGCGAGACCGGGAAGCUCAAGGGCGAGGCCACCGUGUCCUUCGACGACCCGCCCUCGGCCAAGGCUGCUAUUGACUGGUUUGAUGGCAAGGAGUUCUCUGGGAACCCCAUCAAGGUCUCGUUCGCCACCCGGCGCGCCGACUUCACCCGGGGCGGCGGCCGCGGCCGGGGACGGGGAGGCCCCAUGGGCCGGGGCGGGUUCGGCUCCGGCUCCGGCGGCCGCGGCGGCUUCACGGGAGGGGGAGGGGCCCAGCAGAGAGCGGGCGACUGGAAAUGCCCCAACCCGGCGUGCGAGAACAUGAACUUCUCGUGGCGGAACGAGUGCAACCAAUGCAAGGCGCCCAAACCCGAGGGGGGGCCCGGGGGGCCUCACCUGGGCGGGGGUGGUGGGUUCGAGGAUCGCCGUGGCGGCCGCGGGGGCUUUGACCGGGGAGGGUUCCGGGGUCGCGGCGACCGCGGCGGCUUCAGGGGCGGCCGAGGAGGCGACCGGGGCGGCUUCGGGCCCGGCAAGAUGGACAGCAGGGGUGACCACCGGCAGGACCGACGCGAGCGGCCAUAUUGAGCCCCUCCCCCCCCCCCUUGGCCCCGCCCCCACCCCCGUUUUGUAUUUCUGCCCCUCCCCC